AUGAAGAAUGUGCUUCAAGAAUCUACGUCUCAGUUACGUGCUCAGUUCGAUCCCAAAUCAUUAUGGGUUGGUAAUAGAAACACACCAAUAAAUUUAACCUCAGUGCUCUCGAUAGAAUCAGGAUCAGGCUAUCUUAUGCUCAGCUCUGACUCUUCUGUCAAUGUAGUUUUAUAUAAUAGUUCAAAGGGUUUUAAUAGAACCGUGAGGCUGUUGGAUACGGGGAAUUUUGUACUAAUUGAAGGGGGUGUGACAUUAUGGCAAACUUUUGAUUAUCCGAGUGAUACCCUUUUAUCGGGAAUGAAACUUGGAGUUAAUCAUAAGACUGGCAGCGUCUGGUCGAUGACAUCUUGGUUGAAUGAGAAUGAUCCGUCAGUUGGAGCUUUUACUCUUGAAUGGGAUCCCAAGGGAAGCAGCUUGGUUGUCAGAUUUAGAGGAGAAGUUCGCUGGACUAGUGGAAAGUUGAGGAACAAUGCCUUUGAAAACAUUGUACAUGAUGUCGACUACAAAUACAUGAAUCAUUCAGAUGCUGAAACUGAGGACCUCUUCUCCUUCGUCCUACAAAAUAAAUUUCUUAGUUUCAUUAUGCGACAUAAAAGGGAACAUGAUUCAUAA